AUGACAUCCAUAUUCUCGAUUUUACUAUCACUCGCUCGGCUAUCCUCGGCCCAAUAUUCCCUUCCUACCCUUGCUGGCGUCAUCUACUGCCAAAACGCCUCCCUAUCUGAGGUUCCCAGGUUCCGUGUCAUCCCGCGUGCAAAAGUCGAGGUUUUAUGCAACGACUUUUUUCAACCAAGGGUCGUCAAAAGUGCCACCACGGAUAACCGAGGCCUCUACUCGUUUAAUUUGGGCCGGUCCUUGGAGGACUGCUUCAUUGAAGUCAUGCUGCCGGAUGGCUCGUGCACGUUCAAUCCGCCAGGUGGCGUUAUCCAGUUCCCCAUAAUCCCGAUCAAGUCAACCUCUGGUCAGGUCGUGGAUUACAUCCCGGGCACGCCUAUCUACCUUGCCCGUUGA